AUGAGUCCCAGCAACAUCAACCCCCCCUCGUCCUCCCACCCGGGGGCGAACGCCAGAGAGCUCCUACGCACAAACACCCCCGUCGCCACCACCAAUCCGUCACAAAAGAUCUUCGACGCGAGGAGCCUCGCGGGGAGCAGAUACGAAUCAUGCGACUCAGAUGACUCAUGCGACAGCGACGGUAAGACACCAACGCUGUUCAACACACCACCACGGCCUCCUCCAGCAUCGCUGGGGGCGGCGGAGCAACCUCCCCGGUGCCCCAGCCGGCCGAGGGGCAUGGUCCUGAGGGAUUGGGCCAUGACGAAGAUCCCGGACAAGGAGAUCCUGGACGUCCUCACCAGGAACGUCAAGAUCGGGGCGAGGACAAUCUCUAUUUUCGAGGCUGCCCAGCCUCGCCUUGGCUCUUCCGCCGCUCAGCAGCCGCCCUAUGAUCUAGCGGUGGCACUUCACAACUCCCUAAGUGAAUCAAAUCUCUCCAUUGAGCAAAAGAGAAAUCUCUUCAUCAGUCUGGAUUGGAAAUUUGAGUGCCUUGCAUGCGGAGAGGUCAAGAAGCCCGACGCUUUCGACAAAGGGUUUCAUCUUUGGGGUCCUGCGAAAGACGGGCCAAAACCCUGGCUGAGGAGCGGACCCUGUCGGAACUGCGUCAAUAAUAUGAGAACAUCCAAGAAGCCAGAAGCGCUCGUCAAUUUUGAUGUUUGUCUUCCUCCGGAAUGUGUUAACAGGGGGCGACCGGCUGAGCAGAAGAGCUAG